CACCGUCCGUGGGCGAUGCCGGCGGCGCCGGCGCUGGCCCUGCUGCUCCUCCUCGGCGCUGCCGCGGCCCCCCCGAGCCCCACGCCCACCACCCCAACCCCAACCAACACCACGCUGACCCUCGCCGUGGUGCUGCCCCGCCGCAACCUCACCUACCCGUGGGCCUGGCCGCGCGUGGGCCCCGCCGUGCGCUUGGCCGUGGCCGCCGUCAACUCCCGGCGGGAUCUCCUGCCGGGCUUCACCCUGCGCUGGGUGUUCGGCGACAGCGAGGACGGCCGCGGGGUGUGCUCCGAGAUGGCCGCGCCUUUGGCCGCCGUCGACCUGCGCGUGGCCCACCGGCCCGCGGCCUUCGUGGGGCCCGGCUGCGUGUACAGCGCGGCGCCCGUGGCGCGAUUCACCAGCCACUGGCGGCUGCCGCUGCUCACGGCCGGCGCCGAGGCCCACGGCUUCGACGACAAGCGCGGGGAGUUCGCGCUGACCACGCGCGUGGGGCCGAGCCACCGCAAGCUGGGCGAGCUGGGCGGGCGGCUCCACCGGCGCUUCAACUGGAGCCGCCGGGCGCUGCUCGUCUACUGGGACGAGAGGGUGGACGACCGGCCCUGCUUCUUCGCCGCCGAGGGGCUGUACGUGCAGCUGCCCACCCUGCUGCGCAACCUGAGCGUGGUGGACGUCGUGUUCCAGGACGGCGGCAACUUCUCCUUCGUCAUCCAGGAGAUCAAGGCCAAGGGGCGCGGUGAGAGCGGGGGGAGGGAGUGGGUUUCACGCGUGUUCACGGCUGUGCACAGGGUUUCACGCGUGUUCGCGGCCGGGCACGGCAGCACACGCGUGUUCGUGGCCCUGCGCGGCUCUUCCCGGCUGUGCCCGGGGCGUGUGGGGGGGGUCGCGGCUGUGCCCAAACUUUCCACGCGUGUUCCCAGCCGGCCGCAGGUGUUCCUGGCCCCACGCGUGUUCUCGGCUGCCCUGCACACCCACGCACUGCGUGCUCUGCCCCCACCCCCUGGUGUAGCGUGCUGUGCCCCGGACACGCUGCGGGAGCUGCUGCUGCAGGCGGCUCGAGGGCUCACGGGGGCGACUUCGCCUUCUUUUUACAUCGACACGUUCGGGGCCAGCCUGCAGGGGCACCCCCAGGGCGGGCGCUUCCCAGACCCCCGCCGGCCCUGGCACCGCGGGGACCGCCACGACCCCCGAGCCCGCAGAGCCUUCGAGGCCGUGACCAUCAUCACGUACACGGAGCCCCAAAACCAGUACCGACCCUUCCUGCGGCGCCUGCGGGACGAGGCCCGGCAGAACUUCAACCUCUCCCUGCAGGACGGCCUGAUGAAUUUCAUCGCCGCCGCCUUCCACGACGGGGUCCUGCUCUACGCCCAGGCCCUCCACGAGACCCUGGAGCGCGGGGGCUCCGUGGGAGACGCCUCGGCCAUCACGAGGCAGAUGUGGAACCGCACCUUCUACGGUGUCACCGGGUUCCUGAAAAUCGACGAGAACGGGGACCGGGAGAGCGAUUAUUCCCUGUGGGACAUGGACCCGGCGCGGGGGGAAUUCCAGAUCGUGGCCAACUACAACGGCACCACCAAGGAGCUGCGGAUGGUGCCGGGCAGGGACAUCCACUGGCCGGGCAAGGCGGUCCCUCCCGACGUCCCCCCUUGCGGAUUCGACCACGGCGACCCCCUGUGCCGCCAAGCCCCGCUGUCCACGCUGGAGGUGCUGUCGCUCGUGGCCAGCCUGACCCUCGCGGCCGUCACCGUCACCUCCUUCUUCAUCUACAGGAAGCUGCGGCUGGAGAAGGAGCUGGCGGCCGAGCUGUGGAGGGUGCGCUGGGAGGACGUGCAGAUGAGCAGCCUGGAGAAGCACCUGAGGAGCGCCGGCAGCAAACUCACCCUGUCCCUGAGGGGCUCCAAUUACGGCUCGUUGAUGACCACGGAGGGGCAGUUCCAGGUCUAUGCCAAGACCGCCUAUUACAAGGGUAACCUGGUGGCCGUGAAGCACCUGAACCAACGCAUCGAGCUCACCAGGAAGGUCCUGUUCGAGCUGAAACACAUGCGGGACGUGCAGAACGAGCACCUGACCCGAUUCAUCGGCGCCUGCACCGACCCCCCCAACAUCUGCAUCCUGACCGAGUACUGCCCCCGGGGCAGCCUCCAGCCUCCAGGUACCCCUGGGGGGGUGUGGGACCCCCAAAUCUGCAUCCUGACCGAGUACUGCCCCCGGGGCAGCCUCCAGGUACCCCCUGGGGGGGUUUGGGACCCCCAAAUCUGCAUCCUGACCCAAUAA